AAUUUCCGUGGCGGGGAGAGAGGAUUCCUUGAAGAGUGUUACUGUUGUAGCGGUUGACGACAUCUCGUCGAGUGGAUUGGAAAUAUUAUCGGCUUUUACUCACACCAUGAUCUGUCCGCUUCAAGUACAUCCCGUUUGUGGAUUGUCGUCGCGUACUCUCGCAUUUUUGGCGGCGGAAUAAUGGUUAUUUUAGCACUGUAUUAAUAUCGUCAACAGCCGACCAUUUAGCGUCGAGGGAACAACUCGGUCUCCUGAGAAAUAAACGGCGACUAGGAUACCUUAUCAUUAUAGGAACGGAGAUCAGAACGAAUAAUCCUGGUGGCUUUAUCCUGUGUUUACAUUCUACAAAACCGAAAUAUGGCACUAAGACUUCAACGAUCGUUUAUAUUGCAACGGUUUCAGAGACCGCGAACGCUGUGCCCUCAUGUUUUUUUAGUGACCUCCGUGUUGCUGUGCGGAGCUGUAAACUUCCUUGCCGAGUUCGACGGCAAGACAUUGUCUUUAGUGGCUGGCGGCGCCAGAACUGUUCGCAAGCAGCGAUUACUGUUAAGUGUCAAUGAAAGCAGUUCGAACGAUAAAGGAGAAUAUCCUCCUGAUAUUUUCACUCUGGAAGAGAAACGAAAAGGAGCUGUAAUUUUGCACAUAAUCGGUAUGUGUUACAUGUUCUUGGCGUUGUCAAUCGCUUGCGACGAAUUCUUCAUCCCUGCGUUAGCUGUUAUCACCGAAAAAUUAAGCAUUUCAGAGGACGUUGCGGGUGCUACGUUUAUGGCAGCCGGCGGCAGUAUGCCCGAACUUUGUACGUCGUUCAUUGGGGUUUUUGUCGCACCUAAUUCUAAUGUUGGUUUUGGAACUAUAGUUGGAUCUGCAGUUUUCAACGUCUUGUUUGUUAUAGGCAUGUGUGCGGUGUUCUCAAAGGAGCUUUUAAAAUUAACAUGGUGGCCUCUGUUUCGCGACUGUAUGUUCUACAGUGUGGCUCUGAUCAUAUUAAUAGCAUUUUUCUCGAACGGAGAGAUCGAAUGGUGGGAAUCAUUGGUGAUGAUUACAGUUUAUUUAUUAUACGUGACAUUUAUGAAAUUCAACCACAAAAUAGAGAAAUUAGUGAAAAGUAAGCUUAAAUCGAACAAAGUGAGCUCUUUGCACUCUAAAGGAGCCAAAGUCGGUGAACAAGAUUCUUCUCUUGAGGUAGGUGAAUUCAUUUUUAGCCUUAAUUUUCAAGGAAUGAAUACUUUUACCGCAUUUUAAAUCCUGUUAUAUGUCAAUGGGGGUUUUAAUUGAAACUCUUUGAUGCUAAGUUAAUUUCAGGAAGCCCAAAGAAAGAAGAGCUGUCUACGAUAAUUUUCAGAUGGAAUCAGCGCUUCAAAAUAAACAUGAAACGGAAAUUUAAACAAUAUGAGAAACUCUUUCGACAGGUCAUUUUGAAAGCAAUUUUUUUGCACCUUUUUAUUUUGUACAGCAUUCAUUUGACUUUAAAGUAAGCUUAAAUCUUCGCUUAGUUCGCACCUUGGAUCAUUAUGCUUAAUGUACAAAAUGGGAGGUUUUGAGAAGCAAAUUGUUUCUCGUCUGGACGAAGUAAUUUUAAAAUUGGAUAGUUUUACAUGUUACGUAAGAAAACUCAAUCGAGCGAAAAUGUUUUGUUCAUUGACACUUAUGUUUUUCCUACCCCUUGCCUAUUUCAGGUCUUUUUAAUAUUAAACAAAAAUAUUCAUUUUAUAGAAAUCAAUAUGGUCAAGUUAAUGACGUGAUGAUUGCCAUCUCAGAGAGUUUUUAAAUUUAACAGACGUUGCCGCUUUUUACCAAAGUUUUUCUAUAGUUUACACGGAAAGUCUUAUAUGGAAAAAUUGCAACUGCAGGUAGUGACUAUAUUUUUGAUGAAUUGAUCAAUACUUUCGUGCAGUCUCUAUAGUUACAAAAAAUACUGAGCUUUAUGGUAUCACUUCCAGCAUGUAAACAAAGAUUUUUUAUAUUUAAUCUUUAGAUUAUCCAUUUGUAAACACUUACGGGUCUCGAAAUACUUAUUAUAGGAGAUUGUAGAUGAGAUUUUAGAAUAUAGAUAGGGUUUAGAAGAUUCACACAUCCCUCCAGUGAGCUUAUUACGAUUUCAUCUUGAACUUUUGGCAUUUUCUUGUGUAGCAAGUCUCGCUGAUCCUUUUAAUAUCUUGCAAUCCCCUUUGACUUAAUCAGCUAAGAAUUUAAAACAUAAGUAAAUACUGAGGCAAAAUUAAUUAUAUGGCAACCUCCCCAGGUUUGUAAAAAUCCAUUUUAGAGGCAAAGUGCUCAUUAUAAUUUGGUUUGAGAUGUGAUUGUGUUAAAAUAAUAUGAACCUCUCUUGUCUGAGAAACACUUUCUCCUAUAAUAAUGGGGUAGAAAGCAAUUCUCUUUUGUUCUUGCAUGAGUAUGUUUAGUGGAAAACAAUAAGGUUUGUAUGGUCAUUCAUCCAGCAUGGAGUGUACUCCUUUACCCUUUGUCUUGUAAACUGAGGUAGAAACCAUAAAUCCCUUGUGAGAAAAGACAUGUUACAAAUUAAACCUAGGUUAUCUCCCUUCCUUCCACUCAAUUGUGCUACGUGGUCUUUCUCUGUUUACUUUUCUGCUUUGGCUCUCCAUUUGAAUUUCAAAUGAAAGCAUUUGCUAAUUAGUUUUAGGAGUCAGGGACAUGUCACUGAAAUGUGAUCUGUUUUGGCUUAUUUUAAAAUGUGUAGCACAUUUUUCAACAGCAUUAUAUCUGAAGGACUACAAGCUUUUUUUUUUUUGUUGUAUGUUCACAAAUAUUUUCUGAUAAUUUUAGAUUUAGACAGAAUAUGCUGGCACAUUUGUUUUCUACCCUUCCUAAAAUUGUUAGGUUUUUUUUUUUUUAAAUAGCUGAUGAAAGCUUCUCUGUGAUGAGAGAUUUGACUUUGAAGUUUCAACUUGGAUUGGCCUUUUUGUUGUUUUGUUUUUCUUUUUUUAACCAACCUAGUUAAUGAAAACAGUACUGCACCAUAAAAAAAUUUCAGGUGUUAAGUCAAAUUCAUGAAGUACUUAUAUUAUCUGAUUUUACCAAAAAAUUAACAGGAAAUCAAGAUAUGAAUUAUCUUGUAUAAUAGACUUGAGCCAUUGAAUGUUGUUUUUAAGGCUUUUGGUGUUAAUUUGUGUGAAGGAGUGCUAUAUUUUUAGAUGAUCAUUAUCAAGUCAGAUAAUGAAAUUAUGUUCUUAAAAAAAUUAUAACUUUCCAUGCGGUCAUCAUCUGCUUUAAAUGUCUGUUUUGUUGGGAGGGUUCUCUCUACAAUUAGAUGUUGUAAUCUUUGACUGAGAUGAAAAGUAGCAACCUUACUCAUGAUAAGAGUGCCACUUGGCACGAAAUUUCAUAACUUCAAAAUUUGUGAGAUUCCCAAGUUUGAAUUUUGAAACAAUCACUGUCUGCACAAAGAUCAACUGAAGACAUUUCAGACCAAUUCUUAGUGAUUGAAAAAAAUCUUGGUGGUGAUUUUUUUAAUUAGCUUCAAAUUCAUUAAAUUAUUGUUAGAAUGAUUCUCACAAAUUUUCUUUUCCAACUCAAUAGAAGGCAGUGGAAAACCUUUGCACAACAUCCAAGGAGAGCAAUGGUCUUCCCUGUUUCCGCUAUGGAGCUCUUCAGCUUGUGAUUCAUACUAUAGAUCCUCUUGGAGAAGGUAACUUUUUUAUCAUUUCUUUUCUAUGCCAAAAGAGGGUAAUUUUUCAUCUUGUAUUUUUCAAUCAGAGGAGUGAGCUGAAAAAAACUGCAAAGGGAGUUAUAUUGCAACAUCUACUUCUCCCUCUCUCUCUGUUUCUAUAUAUCUCUUCCAUUUCAGUAAACUCUUUAAACCCUAAUAUCAGUAUGCACAUUCUCCAUACUGUUCUCUAUUCAUUUCAUAAGAUGUUGACAAGGAGAAUGUGUUUUAUAAUCAAGAGCUUUGUUUCCUUUACUCUAGUGAUCUUAAUGUUUGAUUCAGGGGUGUUAUGGUAAGGAGAAAUUAGAUUUUAGUCACCUGUAUGUGUCAAGGGGUUGAUAUAAUAUUAUCAAAUUAAUUGAUUUUUUAUUGAAUUUACAAUGAUUUGUUUCCUCUUCUGUUCUUAAUAGCAUCUGUUGCAGUGAAAGUCAACAAACUCAAGAAACUCAAAUGUGUUAAAGUCAAAGUUGGCAUAGAGAGAGACUCAUCUGCUAUAUCUUCAACUCAAGAUGUGAAUAAAUUCUCUUCUUUGGAAAAUCAACGACAACUUAAUUUUCCAGCUGUAAAUAGUUCCAUGAAUGUUCAAGUAGACUCAGCUCAGGCUUCAUCGUUUGGCAAUCACACAGUUAAUGUUGAUGGCUAUAGUGCUUUUGAUGGACAGAGAAGAGACUCAUCAUAUCAGAUUAAAAAUGGAGAUGUAACAUCCAGGGAUUCUAGUUUAGUCAAUGGGGAUUCCAGUCUUCCUCUUGUAAAUAUUGUCCCUGAUGAAAAUCAUGUACCUGGUAGGGUACUUGACAUGAGUGAACAUAGUAGUAAUGUAUAUAGAACUUCAACAGAGUCGCCAAGCUCACAAACAACAGGGUUACAGCUUUCUUCACAUCAACAAUUAGUAGAUGUUGAGAGUGCCAGAGAAGCUGCUGUGAGUAUCCUAACAUUUUUCUUGUGCAUGUUCUACAUAUCUUUCAAAAGAAAGGAAAACUGAAUCAGGGUGUUUUACUUUAUGAAGAUUAUGGCCAAGCAAUGGUAUACUUUAAAUUUAUCGCUUUUGUAUGGAUAAGAAAAAUCAAAUCAAGGAUUAAUUAAUUGUCAACUAUUCAUUUAAUGCAUUUAUCAAUUAAGGUAGGGUAGGACAAGACUGCAAUAGUUUCACUGAUUUGCAAAUAUUAAUCUAUGGUGUAAUACCUUUUACAAUGCCUUGUGUGUUUGUUGCCUAACAAAUGAUUUCUUCUCUUUAAAGCUGGACGAUGAGAGUGAACCUAUAGAUUUAAGCUGGCCUUCAGGUUGGAAAGAUAGAAUAGUUUAUAUCAUCAGAGCACCUGUUGUGUUCUGUAUGUAUUACACAGCUCAGGAUAUCAAAAGACCAGUAAGUUACAUGCAGUGUAUGGUUUGUCCAUUGCUGGCAUUAUGCAGAAUUAUGCUUGAGGAGUUAAGAAACUGCACCACACAUGUACACUGACUCGUAUUUAAAGUAAAUUUUCAAUUGAGUGUUGUGAAUAAUCAGAGAUUGCUUUUGCUUUGCUCUUCCUUGCUGGUUGAUUGGUCCAGGUCUCAUAGCAAUCAGAUUCUAAACUAAAACCAAUUGCAACUUGAUUACCUGCGUUUUCCCACGUUUCACAUUGGAUCCAAGUUAUAUUUUCCUUUGUUAUGAUUUGCUGUUUUGAUUAUUUUUGUUUUUGGUUUGCAACACUCUGUCAAAAUAUUCUCUAUUCUGCAAAGAGGGAGAGGAAAAAAUUGUUGUCCAUGGUGUGUCUUUUUUCUGAAAGCUUGGCCUUGCUCUUCUUCUAGUAUUGUUGUGAAGCCAUGACUAGGUCAAUUCUGCAUGUGCUGAGAAAAAGUCGCACAAUGAUAAAUUUUAUAAAUCAACUAACCAGGCAUGACCCUAUUAGGCCAGCAAUACAACAUUAAUUUUGAUUCCUCAUGCAUGGUAUGAAAGAUUAAGGUUUUGAUUUUAUUUUUAGGGAAAAAGGUACUUGUAUCUUUGGUGUUUUGUCUGGUCCAUGCUUUGGAUCGUUGGGUUUUCUUAUUUAAUGGUUUGGUGGGCGACUGAAGUUGGAAGUACUCUUGGGAUUGAAACAGAGGUAAGAGAAUAAUAUUUUAACUUUUCACUCUGAAGAUCUCAUUUUUAAUUCUCCUGCUGGGUCUGCCUCUUCCUUCUCUUUCACACCCUCCCCUCCCUUAUCAGCAUCCUUUUAUCUUCCUCUAGCAAUUAUCCAAUGAAAAGAAACAAAAGCUCCCAAAAGAUCAGGAUGGGAAGGGUUGAUGUAAUCAGUAAAUUUCCUUACUGUCUACCAUACAAUUCUUAUGAUGUUAGUUUUGAGAACUUUUUAUUUGAUCAACUAAUAAUCCCCUGAUUGGUAUUUCCCUUUAUUCUUGUUACUCAUCUGUUUGAUAUGGUAUUGAUAUGGUAUGGAGAAAUUCUCUCUUAGUCACGCAUGGGAGUUAAAGGGUUAAUUUCCAACAGGAUAAAGUACAGUGUUUGGCACUGUAUUUUCAUUGACCUGUCAAUAAAGGAGCAGGGAAUUCAAUUUGUGUGAACAUGCUUUGCUGUUGAUUGUAGGUUUCAACUAUUUUUUGUAGCUGAGGUACAAUUUUUCUUAGUGGCUUGAGUUACUCAAUGAAAUCAUUUCCUUGGAAUUUGGAUGAGACAGUCAUGUUCUUUCCUUUUCCAGAUCAUGGGAUUAACAUUCUUAGCAGCAGGAACCAGUAUACCUGAUCUGAUUACUAGUGUUUUAGUGGCAAGGAAAGGCUUUGGUGACAUGGCUGUGUCUAGUUCUAUUGGCAGCAACUUGUUUGAUGUCACAAUAGGGUAAGAGGAACAUAUAAGCUUGAUUUAAAUGGCAUUAUGUACCAAAAAUAGCAGUGCAGUUUUCAAAGGUAAUAAAGAAUAGUAGGAACUCCUUGGUACAUGUAGCUACCUUACAAAAACUCUUUUAGCAAUAGGAAGAUCUUUAAUGGCUUAGAGAAACUCUUUUUCAACUUUGCAUGUAUUGACAUAUUUAAUAUUAAUUUUUCUGCCCAGGCUGCCUCUACCAUGGUUGAUUUACAGUGCUGCAAAUGUUGGCAAGGCUAUGGUUGUCAACAGCUCAGGUCUCUUCUGUUCUGUGUUUUUGCUCUUCAUCAUGUUGAUAGCUGUAGUUAUCGCAAUUGCUGUCAGUAAAUGGAGAUUGUCCAAACUGCUUGGUGGUGCCAUGUUCCAGCUCUAUGUUGUUUUCCUUGUCAUAUCAUUGUUGUUGUUGAAGGAUGUCAUUAAAUGCCCAGACAUCUAAAGGUAAUUAGGUCUGAUUUUUGCUAUUAAUAAUGCAUAAAUUUAUUUCCCAGUAAUGCAAGCCAGGACUGGUUAUUCUUCUGACAUCAUGCCAUAUAUAUUUUUUUAUCUUUCAUAACUACACCAGUAAUGGUACAGGGCAGGAAAUACUUUUUUGUUCAAUAGACAUAUCUAUAGCUUUGUAGUGUUCUUUGCAUCCUGGUGAAAACAUUAUGGGAGUUGUUGAGUCAAGCCCUGUUCAAAGGGUCAUGAUAGUUUCAACCAUCAUUACAACACAAACUAUCAUGUGCUAUCAUCGACUAUGCUCAAAUUCAUCAUGAUAGUUGAUGAUAGUUUUUGUGGUUUGAAUGAGCAGAUGAUAGUGAAUGAUAGUUUUUGGGUAAACAGUUAAGCCAAAACCAGGCUCAAACUGAAAUGGCAGAUGGUAAAAUGACUAAAAUAGCUGUCAAAAUUUUUCAGAAUGUCUCAUGGUUUAUUCUCAUCAUAUCAUGGUAGGCUUCAGUAUCUUCAACUUGCAACUUUUUGAGUAAAAUUUCAAAUGCCACAGAAUAGUCUGACUUCAGCGCACAUUGUAUUUGUUUACAAUAAUGCAAUCUCGUUGCAUGACCUAGUCAUCUAGCAUCAACUUUCAUGACCAUCUGAAUGGGGCUUUUGUGUAAUUAUUCCUUUCACACCAGGAUCUCAAUGUCAAUUCUCCUUUUUGUCUAUCAUACAUUUCUUACAAUCCAGGCUCUGAGGAUAUGAGGUUAAAUCAUACUUUAAGUUUAUUUUUUGCCCUCUUCUCAUAACAUAUUGCUUGGCUGUAUAUAGACAUGUUUUAGGGAGAAAUUAUUCAUUGGUUACUCGUGAUUGAAAGUGUUAACCCUCUAGAAGAGGGCAGGAAUUCUUUAGCCUCUUCAGCUUUGAGAAUAUCUCUAAGUAACAUGGUCAAAAUAGAUUUGACAUUGUUGCUGACUAUCUUGUUUGUAUUUGUUGCAGAAUAAAUUUUUUCAAGAGGGAUUCUACAUUUCCAUUUUCUCCACAUCUCUGGCAGGCUUUCAUAAGUAGUCUUUCACAUCAGUGCUCCAUACAGAUAUCUGCACUCAAAUCUUGUUGUACCUUUGUCACACUCAACAACAUAGAACAAAUAAAUCUGGUAUCCCUGUAGAUGUAUUUAUAUUUUAGAAUAUUUAGUGGUGCUUCAUGGAUUAGCAUUUAAUAUGUUUUGUACAAAAAAAUUUGUAUCUCUCUGUACAGAAUGAUAUGCAUACAUUUUUCCACUUUGCACUCUGUUUGGUGCAUUUAUUUUCUUAUUUAUUUAUUGAAAUGGUGGCCACCCAAGUUGUUUUUGUCGUUUAUUUUGUAGCCAACCUAUGAUUUCUGUGUUUUCAACAACUUUGAAGAAUGUCACUCCAAGUGAUAGCCAAACCUUACCACUUAUUCCAGUAUUUUCCAUAUGCUUCAAGAUGACACCAAUUCCGGAUGUAAAAGAUGAAGCAAGUUGCAAUUUGUAAUUUGUUAGAAAAACUUUAAGGUAGUGACAUGAAAUCACUGUAUACAAGCAUAAGAUUUGACCUUUUCAGCCUGUAGGGAUUCAACUGUAAAUGCAUUCAGAGUGUAAAUCACUAACUGGUAUUUUGGAUUUUUUAAAAAAUGCAGUCAUUUCUUCUCCAUUUUGACUUCACAACUUGUUCACUUGAACUAAUGCAGAGAGAAAGGCUGAGUUAGCACCCUCCUCUGUAGAAGAUCGACAAAUUCUCAGUUAAGAAUGAAUAACUUAUUUAUUGAUCACCUUUUAAGAUAGAGAAAAAACGUUUUAGAAAGUUUUCAUGAGCUGUAACUUAGUGUACAUAAAUUAUGGAAAUAUUAUGGUUACAGUCAAACUAUUUAUUUGUGAUUCUAAUCACUAGUGUUGUUAAUAGUUAGUUGAUUACAGAAGAACUUCAUCAGUCAAGAAUAUAAAGUAAUUGGAUGAUGACUGCAAACCUUAUUUAAGACUUGAAUUGAUGGAAGAUUAAUUGACUUAGAAUUUAUUGAUUCAGAAAUAAACAAUCCACUUGCAACACAAUAAAACUUCUCUUAAAUUUUUAUUUUGUGGAAGAUCCAAGAUGCCUAAAUGCCUUUGC